ACGACCAUAGACGUGGUUGCCAAACACACUUUCUUAAAGCUUUAUAUACAUCUUUCUUACUUCCUCUGUUUCUUCUCAUUCAAGCAACAGUCUCUUCCCAUUUUUUCUUCUUCUUCUCCCUCUACCUCUUCUUUGCCAAUUAAGAUGGAACAUGAAGAAACACAGAAGAAGACAGGAAUCAGCUGGUCACUGGUUCGACCAUUUCAAAUGAUCUCCAUUAGCCUUCUUAGUCUUCUUGUCCCUCUCUCUUUCCUCUUCCUUUCACGUCUCUCCGUUUCCUCCUCCUCAGCUCCAGUCACCGUCUCCGGAGUAUUCUCCCUUCUUCAUCAGGCCGAUGUCGGAAUCUUAUACACAAUCUUGUCCCUCAUCAUCGUCUCCACUUUAAUCCACAUUCUCUCCGGGAAACCAGAGUGCUCUGUUCUGCAUUCCCAUCUAUACAUUUGCUGGAUCGUUCUCUUCAUCGUUCAAGCUUGUGUCGCCUUCGGAAUCGAAGGAACCAUGAGCACGACCAUUUCUAUCGAUACAGACAAAAGCUUUUCUCUUGCUGCUCAAGAAAGGUGGGUUUUGGUUAGGGUUAUGUUCUUUUUGGGCCUACACGAAGUGAUGCUAAUGUGGUUCAGAGUCGUGGUUAAGCCGGUGAUUGACGACACUGUGUUUGGGGUUUACGUGGAGGAGGAGAGAUGGUCGGAGAGAGCUGUCGUGGCGGUGACUUUUGGUCUAAUGUGGUGGUGGAGGCUAAGAGAUGAGGUAGAAAGUUUGGUGGUGGUUGCAGAGGUUAAACGUAACCUUCAGAUACGUUUGGAGGGUCUCGAUUUUGUGAACUGGUGGAUGUAUUACAUCUGUGUUGGAAUUGGCUUGGUGAAGAUCUUCAAGGGUUUUUUGUAUUUUGUGAAUAUGUUAAUUUUGACCAUUAAUAGGUCGAGAAAAUGCUGUGAAUCGUGUCUUGUUGAUGAUAUGUGUAAUAUUGAUGAUCAUGUGUAAGAAAUUUGACAUUUUAUACUCAAACUCAU